CGGCCGGGCGGGCUGUUUUGGGCAGGUGGUGUCGGCGGGUGACCGGCCUGAGUCGAGCCUGGCCGGGCCGGGCGCGGCCCACGGUGCCGGUAUGGUGUUGCAGGAGCCCGCCGGGACGCCGAGUCUGUCGACUGCGGCGGGAGGGGUCGGUGAUGCCGCCGCCGAGGUACAGCUGUCCCGGCUUCGCUGGGUCGUGCUGCUGCUCUUCAGCAGCUACUCCCUGUGCAACGCCUUCCAGUGGAUCCAGUACGGCAGCGUCAACAACGUCUUCGUGCGCUUCUACGGCGUGAGCGCCUUCGCCAUCGACUGGCUUUCCAUGAGCUACAUGCUCAUCUACAUCCCCCUGCUCUUCCCUGUCGCCUGGCUGCUGGACAAGAAGGGCCUGCGCCUCAUCGCCCUGGCCGGCUCGGCCCUCAAUGCCAUGGGUGCCUGGGUGAAGCUGGGCAGCCUGAAGCCGCACCUCUUCCCCGUCACUGUCCUGGGACAGGUCAUCUGUGGCCUGGGCCAGGUCUUCAUCCUGGGCAUGCCCUCACGCAUCGCCUCGGUCUGGUUUGGCUCCCAGGAGGUCUCCACUGCCUGCUCCAUUGCGGUCUUUGGGAACCAGCUUGGCAUUGCUGCAGGCUUUCUGGUCCCUCCAAUUCUGAUCCCUAAUGUGGAGGAUGUGGAGAAGCUGGCCUACCAUAUCAGCAUCAUGUUCUUCAUGACUGCAGGUGUGGCAUCAGCCCUGUUCAUCCUGGUCAUCAUAGUCUUCAAAGAGAAGCCCCCGAACCCUCCAAGCCGAGCUCAGGCCUUGAUCCAGUCAAGAACUGCGGAGUAUUCCUACGUGCAAUCAAUCCUCCGCCUGCUCUGCAAUGCCAACUUUUUGCUGCUUAUGGUCGCUUAUGGUCUGAAUGUAGGUUGUUUCUACGCCUUGUCCACUCUGCUGAACCGCAUGGUGAUCCAUCACUACCCAGGGGAGGAGGUGAAUGCUGGCAGGAUUGGACUCACCAUUAUACUGUCGGGCAUGGUUGGGGCUCUGAUCUCCGGCAUCUGGUUGGACAAAACCAAAACCUACAAGCAAACAACAUUAGUUGUCUAUAUCAUGUCUCUGGUGGGAAUGAUAGUCUAUACCUUCACUCUGAGCCUGGGCCACCUCUGGGUGGUCUUUGUGACUGCUGGAUUGCUGGGGUUUUUCAUGACAGGAUACCUUCCCCUGGGCUUUGAGUUUGCUGCAGAGUUGACAUACCCAGAAUCAGAAGGAACAUCAUCAGGGCUCCUUAAUGUCUCAGCACAGAUUACUGGUAUUGCCUUGACCAUUAGCCAAGGGCAAAUCAUGGAUCGCUUUGGGACAAAGGCAGGAAACCUCUUGCUUUGCUCUGCCCUGUUCCUGGGGACCAUUAUGACAGCAUUCAUUAAGGCUGAUCUCCGAAGACAACAGGCCAAUUUGGAAAAUAAGCAGACAAGACUCCAAGGCAGCAAUCAGAUCAUGGAUUAUGGGCUGUAGCUUGUAAAUCUAACCCCAUCAAUUGCCACUCCUGCUCACUAACUUAAACACAGCAAGGUAGGAGAAUUGCACUAAUCUACUUCUCUGAAUGCUCCCAGGGUGGCACAGACAUGAAGCCAACGGCAUUUCUGGGGUGACUGCAAUGGCUGUAGAGUAUCAAGAAUCCUUCUGGUCUUCUUAGGUACUCAACUGAGAGGAAAGACAAGGCAGCCUCCAAGAACAGAAUGGAGAUCCCCACAGACUCACGUCAGACAGAGAUGUAGGGAUUCAGCUAGGUGCAGCAAAGCAAAGCCUGGUCCUGGAGCAGAUUAGGAUCUGAACUGUCAGUCAUUUGUUAGGGAGAUGAGGUGCAGACGUUUGGAGCCACUUCUCUGUCAUUAUUUUUACAGCCCAGAUUCUUGGCUGGAGGUGAUACCAGGAACUCUUUAAAUAAUUCGUUUUGAUCACAGCCAGGGUGCAUGGCUAACUUCAAGAAGGAUUUCCCCUUAUUUCUACCUCUGGCACUACUUCAUGUACCCCCCUACCCUUCCUGCUUGUUGAAUUUCCCUCUUUGCACUUCCUGGCUUUUGCUUUCAGACAUGUCUUUGAAGCUUUCCUUAUCUCACUCCUCUGCUUUGGGAUAUUGCUGCUGACUUUUGUAAAACCUUUUCACCUACAGAUUGUGUAAGAGCCUACUCAAAAUGAGACUGUUUCAUAUCUCUUCUUUCCAUGCUGCCUGGAUUUCUCUUGAACUGCACUGGGGAUGUGAACCUCCUUCCUGUGCUCCUCUGAUUUCUGCCUCAGAUGUCAGUCUUGCCUUACAGUGAGUAAACUCAGAGCCCAGGCUGCAGGAGACUCCACAUUAACCCUUACAAGUUUGUGCGCUGCCUUCUGAAUUGGUGACAGCUGGGCGGUCUCACUGUAAGCAGAAUUAGAACUUGACACGUAUGCUUUCCAAAAUCCACUAGGGGAAGAAAAAGUCUCAAGUUUAAUUCCAACAGACCCCAGAAAGGCUCAGAAGCUGAGCUUGUCAAACUCCACCCAGGAAAGCUGAACUGGAAUUACAACAGUUUGCCUAUACCAUGAAGCUGAGGAUGGGGUGGUAAUUGGGCAGCAGUCUCUAUUUUCCUUGCUUUUCCUCUGGGAAAAUCUCCCUCCAUCCUCAGGUUCCAAGAAAUUAGGCUAGUUCUUCUACAAGAUUUAUGGAGAAAAAAACCUUUUGCAUGUUUGCCUCUUAUUUCUUACAUCUCUUUAAGAUAUGAGUAGUGAACUUUGAAGAAGGCACUGCUCUGUGGAAUUAUCUCAGCCGUAAAUCCAAGCUGGGGAAGGGGAAGAAGCAGGACAGAGGGUGCAAGCACUUCAAUGGGCAGUGAGGGUGGGGAUGAAAAGGCUUGGAAGAAGAGCAAAUAAGCAAUGUGUCUGGGAAUUGAAGAGGCCUCAAAUGUGCUGGAGUAAGAACAUAGGGGAGCUAGUUGUGCUGAGCCUCCUGUGGAUGUAAAGAAAGCAAGUUCUCUCUGGUGUUUGCACAGACACUGUGCUGCCUCAUGGCAUGGAGUUCCCAGCACUUUCCCUUGCCCAGGGAACUGGCCGUGCAACUUCAUGCUUUGAAGCUGAGCUUGUGAAGUGUUGUUGGUGAGCUGGCUGUGGGUCUGAUACCCCCAGUGGUAUCAGCUCCACAGUGAAUUAGUAGUGGUCUGAGGACUACAGCUAGCAGCUUAAACAGCUGGACGUUGCACUGCCCCAGUGUCCCUUGCCUGUGCAGCCCAAGUGGCAAGAGAAGCAAGAGAGGACCAGCAGCACUCUCUGAGGAUGGUGAUUCUUCUUUAGGGAUUUCUGCAGUAGUAGGGAGCUAUGAACUACCCAGGCUCUGGCCAGUUGAUGUCUCUGAAGCCUGGGUCUGGCCAGCCAGGAUCCUAACCAUACUGUUUUUCUCUGACUUGCAGAAAGUGUUGCCUGAAGCCUACACUAAUCCCAUAGUCCUUGAGGAAUCACGGCUGUGAAAUGAAGGGGUGGCAAAGCUGGGAAUUACAGCUCCCCUCAUUCCCAUCUUUUCUACCUGCACCAUCCUCCUGUCACAUGCAUGCCAUGGGAGGGGAGCAGCCUCAGGACAGGAGCCUUGUGAACUGCCUAUGGAGAGUGUGAAAGAGCAAAACAAGAGGGGGGUUGCUUUCGUCUGUUUUAGCCUUGCAUCAUGCUGUUUUGGAGUUUGGGAGGAAAAGUUGGGAAGAUCUGCUGUGUCCCCCCAGUCCCACCGUGUAUGCUUGGAAAAAGCAUAUGUGCUGAGAGAAAAGCCACAGUACCAGGCUGACACUGAGCAUGAUGGUGGAACCUUGCAUGUGGCUAUGAGGUGAAAGGCAGAAGCUGGACCACACUUAACUCUGUGAACAGCCCUGGAAGAGCUGGAUCUAGAGAAAAGGGGUUGCUCUGCCGUGGUUUCCAUGGUGCUCUGUGUUGCACAGGUAGUAGUAGAGGCCUCAGUACAUUACCAGCAAGUGCAAAGCAGUGCACCAGCUGCUACCUGCUCUUCUUUUAUUAUUUGGCUUUCCCAGAUGAAGCACUUUAAUCUGGAUAAACUUCUACUCAGAGUUCACUGGGGGUGCCCUGAUGUUCCUACAUAUUAGGAGUGAUUAAGAGAUACCAAUGUGCUGCCUUCUAGCUCGAGGUGAGGACUAGUUCUGCACCUAAAUCUAGCUCAUCACUACAUUAGCAACAAAAGGGAGUCAAAACACUGUUUCCCUGGGCUGAGGACUGUGUCUUCAUCCUUGAUAAUAAGGUGCCUUUUGCAUAUUUCAACAUUACAUACAAACUUUCAUGAAGUGUUAUAUUGAGAAAACCAGCCAAGGCUCUGUUGCUCUUCACAGCCACAGAGAGGGGUAUGAUGGGAAUCCAGCUUUGCUCCAGUGUGGAAGCUUCCCACUUCAUAAAAGAGAACAGGAGAAGGUGCCUACUUACCAGCAUUUGUGUCUUAUAGACACUGCCCAUCUGAAUGCUGUUUAUCUUCUAAACAAAACUGUAGAUCCUUUUAUCACUUCUCCAUCCUUUCCAGCAUUCCACCCCUGCUGGAGACAUCAAGUGUCCUAAUAUGCCUUAAAUCAUGCGGUUACUUACGUAUUAUUUGAGGCAGGGGACAAAAGCUGUACUGAGGUGGAAUGGUUAAAAAUAUUCCUCUCUGACAAACUAUUUUUAACAAAACUUUUUUUUUUAUGAAAUUUUAACAUUUUUGAUACACUACAUGUUGAUACAGCCUGAGUUCAGUAAAUGCUUAGACAUCACUCUCAGGCACAUGGUGUGAUUCUUAGGGGUCCUGUGCAGGCCCAGGAGUUGGGCCUUGAUCCUGAUAAAUUCCUUCCAAUUCAGCAUAUUCUAUAAUUGAAGUCCUAUCUUUACUAGUUUGGGAUUGAGGAUGGGGAUUUAGAAUGAUUUUCAAUAGAAAUUUUAAUGUAAAAUAUAAAUAUUUUAAGUGUACAAUGAAACCUGACAUACUCAUAUUAAAUGAUUGGAAACAGUUUA